UUCCGGAGAAGAAGAAUCGCGGAAGAGGAGUUUGCUUUCUCUGACGGCUCAGCAGCAAAGCUAACAAGCUAACCAGCUAGCAGAGAUAAUAUCUGACCCUCCUGUUUCCAGAGCAGACAGACAUCCAGACUGAAGCUUCAAGAUGACAGCAGCACCUUACAACUACUCCUACAUCUUUAAAUACAUCAUCAUAGGUGAUAUGGGAGUAGGGAAGUCUUGUCUGCUGCACCAGUUCACAGAGAAGAAAUUCAUGGCCGACUGUCCUCACACCAUCGGCGUGGAGUUCGGCACGAGGAUCAUGGAGGUCCACGGCCAGAAGGUGAAGCUGCAGAUCUGGGACACGGCCGGUCAGGAACGAUUCAGGGCCGUCACCAGGUCCUACUACAGGGGGGCCGCCGGGGCCCUCAUGGUCUAUGACAUCACCAGGAGAAGUACUUACAACCACUUGAGCAGCUGGUUGACGGACGCCCGAAACCUGACCAAUCCAAACACAGUGAUAAUUCUGAUUGGUAACAAGGCCGACCUCGAGGCUCAGAGAGACGUGACGUACGAGGAGGCCAAACAGUUUGCUGAGGAGAACGGUUUGCUGUUUCUAGAGGCCAGUGCUAAAACAGGGGAGAAUGUGGAGGAGGCUUUCCUUGAGGCAGCAAAGAGGAUUUACCAGAACAUCCAGGACGGCAGUCUGGACCUGAAUGCUGCCGAGUCAGGAGUCCAGCACAAGCCAUCGGCGCCUCAGGGAGGCCGCCUCAACGCCGACAGCCAGCCGGCCAAAGAAGGCUGCAGCUGCUAACCUCAGACAGAAACUACAGACCCGACAGACAGACCAACAGACACAGACAGAUCCACAGAGAACCCCUCUCCGCCUGGCACUAAUAUGCUUCUUCUAUCCAGAGCGUGUCCAACAGGAUUUAGCCGGAUUACAUCGAUUUAAUGCAGUGAUCCAGUCCAACCACCUGUAGUCAGAUCCAGACCUCAGACACCCACAGACCCAUCUAGAAACCUUCAACUAUCCAAACAUCUGUGGUCUCAUUCCAGCUCACUCACUAGUCCACUAUCCAGACCGCCAUCAGCCUAUAACCCCGCCCACUUGGCCCAAACCUCGGCCAAUCCAGACCAUUAGAAACAGCAACAGGACAGCUGUCAUCCCACCAAGACUUGACUCCCCUCCGGACCGCCGUUGGCCCGGGUCAAGCAAUAAUUAUUUAAGUUUGGGACUACACCCUCAUGCCCCCAGAGACAAAUUAAGAUGCAAGGCUCCAAUUUGGACCAAACCUACAGCCCAAAUCUGGACUACACCAAAUUCGGUUGACCCCAGUUCCAAAUCUUGCAAUGAACAGAUCCAGAACCCAACCAUGAACAUCUUUAGCCCACAUUCCUGGCCCAAACUUAGGCCAAUCCUGACUAGAGAAUCCCCAGACCUUUCUUCUCCACACCUGAGACACCGUUGACCUGAUUGAAACUCUACCUUUGUCCCACAUGCAAAAGGCCAAAUACAGAUACAAAGCUUCAAAUCUGGACUUCAUUCACUAAAACAAGAUCGUCUUUAUUCACAUGUGUACAUCGUUGUAGACCGACCAGAGCAAAGGUUCAAGCUGGACUGCACUUGGACCACCUUCAUCCCAGAUCAAGGCAUUAUAAGCCCAGAAUCAGCUCAAUCAACCCUCUUUUUAAAGACUGGACUUAUCUCUGACUCUCAGACUGUUUCCCUGCCCAGGAGCAUGAUCCUUAUAUGAGCAAGGGUAGUCUACAUUUUGAAGUACCUGAACAGCCCAAACCUGGACUACAUUGCACUGAAAUUCGAUCACCCUUGUUCUAAAUUUGGGCCUUGCUAUGGGCAAAUCCAGAGGCCCCAAACCCAGUUUAAUUCAGACUGUUCUAAACCCAGAGGAGGACAGUAUUCAGCCUUUCACCAAGAUGAACCCCUAUUGUCAAGACUGGACUACCCACAUGUGCCCAGGGACAAAUCAAAAUGUUGCACCAUUUCGGACCAACCUGCAGCCCAGAUAUCUACCACACUGGAUCAGUCACAGCACCAGAUCUGUUGGCCCGACUCCAGUGAAGGUUUAACUCCCCUCAUCCCAGAUGCGAUACACCGCUGUCUUUAGAGACAAAUAAAAGGUACAAGGCUUAGUGUUGGACUGUCCUGUAGACCACAUCUGGACUAUAUACUUCACCAUAUUACAGACCAUGCUUGUUCCAAAUCGGACUCAGAUCCUCAGCUCGGCCGUCGGUCCAAUCAAACCUUCAGAUCAACACCACACGGUCAAAUUAAGAACAACCAUGGCUAUAAAUCUAGAUCAUCUGACACACGCUCUUCAUAUGAAUGUUUGGAUUUAUUUUUGUAUUUUUGUUCCAACACGUCCUACAUCUAAACCCCAACCCCCCCCGCCUCCCUCAGGAAAUCUGUUAUUCGUUCAUUCUUUUCAUCCCUUCCUCUGCUCAACUUCAUGUCAGCUCCUCGUUUCACACAUUCUCAGUCGACGCUCUUCAACAUGUGCUGCUGCGCUUUCUGAGAUUUUCUGCCCGAUAGUUUGGUUUAUUUAUUCCUUCAGUGGUUUGUAUGUAGAUUAAACCAUGUUAACGUGGGUCAAACACACAUUUUACACUGUUGUUAAUGUGCAUUGGAGACUUUUGAAACUUGUAAACUGUUAAAACUGUUGUUUGUGUCUCUAAGGAGCUCUGGAGGCAUUUUCACUAAUCUCACAGGUGUUUGACUUCUGUCCAGUCAGGUUAAACGAUCUGUUGACUCAUCACGGUUAAUACGACUAAGCCUCUGAAAAUAGUCGUGUCACUGCGUCUAAAGUCUGCAGAAAUAACCCAGAGAAUGUAAUUUGUCAGAGAAGUUAUUGAGUUGAUUUAUAGACGUUGGGGAAUCCAGGAUUGUUGGAGCUCGACCGAUAAUAGGGGCAAAAAAGUCAGGAAAUGUGUCUCGCUUCUGCUCCUUUUACUUUAUAAGAAUGCGAUAUUAGAAAAAAGCCUUAAUAUGCUUCAAAUGAACUAAUUUGUAUGAUGUGUCAUCUGAUUAUAUUUAAGGAUUAUCUCAAAGGGACCUGAGGAGAAGUUGGACUCUCUCGGGUCUCAUUUAUCACACGAUGGUUCAUAGACAGGAUUUUGAAAGUCUGAACUAUCUUAAAGUAAUAUUUUAAUUUCCCCGACGACAUGAAGGCGACAUCUUUAAUAUUUAUUGAUAGUUCAGUUGAGCGAUUCAGCGACUGAUUGAAGGAGAUGAUGAAGAACACAUUGGACUUGAACCAGAAUGUCACUGCUAAUUAUUCUCAUUAUUUUUUAAACAGUUUCCAAAUAUAUUAAAUGUAAUUGAUGCAUAUUUGGUGGAAGAAAAAUAGAUUGUUUUUUAACGUAAAUGCAUUCCUCUUGUUUCUGGUUCAUUGUAGAAACUAAACUAAACAUAAUCCUGCAAAAAUUAGCCCAAUAAAAGUCUAAAUAACACAUUAAAAACAAUAAAAUACUACUUUUAAAAUCUUAAAGGUGCAAUAUGUAACAAGUUUAGAUUAAAACUUUUCCAAAUGAACUAAAAUUAUCAACAGAAUGUGAAGAAAUAAGUUUUGAUGCCAAAGAAGUUAGGCCCGUUCUGUCCUGUAAUACCAAUUUGUACCUUUAGGAGGCGAUAGUGAGUCCGGUCUGCACUCAGUCCAACAUGAGAGGAAGAGGAAGAAGAAGAAGAAGAAGUAACUUUUCCUCUUCUGGGUUAAUUUAUUCAAGCAAACGUUAGCUCAGCGUUAUCGUACUUAGUCCUACUUACUUAGUUUCUUAGCUAACGGAGCAAUGAUGAUGCUCUAUUGAUGCAGCGCUAGUGUAAUGUAACGUAGCGGAAACCUUAACUUUCUGACAUUUGACAGUUUUAACAUAUUGCACCUUUAAAGGGACAUUACGACUUAUUACGAGCAUAUUGUAAAAGAUUAUGCGCCACGAAAUAAACAAAAGAAACGCGAUCUUUCGUUUACCUUUGAUUGCCCCGAUGUCCUGAAGUGCGUCAACGUUUCUUCUUACUUUUCUUCUAACUUCUACGUCAUCGGCUCCAUUUUCGGUUCUGUCAGGUUUAACUCGGUCAGGCGUUAAAAUUUUGUCCUUUUUUGAGAACAGAAAAAAAGAAGAAAAAAAUCAUUCCAGCGUUAACUUUAACUUUUAGCUUAGAAACAAACACACACAAAAAAACUGCGAAAAUGUAGCUUCACUUUAUUUUAAUGCUCUGGAAAAAAUACGUAAAAGUUGCUUUAAUUGAUAUUUUGGUCAUAAACCGACUGUUAUGAUGCGUAACAUUUUAACCUUCCUGUCGUCCUCCCGGGUCAAAUUGACCCCGUCUGUUUUUACUGUUUCUUCUCUCUCUCUUUCCUUCCUCUCUCUUUCCUCCCUUCCUUCUUUCCUUCCUCCCUCCCUCCCUCCUUCCUUCCUUCCUUCUUUCUUUUCUUUCCUCCCCUCCUUUCCUUCCUUCUUCUUCCCUCCCUCCCUCCUUUCCUUCCUUCCUUUCCUUCCCCCCUUUCUUCUUUUCUUCCUUCCUUCCUUUCCUUCCUCCUUCCAUCCUCCCUUCCUUCCUUGACUCGAGAACAACAGGAGGGUUUAAUUAAUUAAUUACAUCAGAAAUAUUAAAAAUCUACAUAUUUUACCUCCUUUUAAAGAUUGGAAAUGUAAAUGAUUGAGAGGUUUAUGCAAUUCUAAGUUAAAGUAUGUUAAAAAUGUGAUAGUUAAUAAUGAUAAAAAUCUAAAAUUGUGAGUUUUAAAAGUCAGGCCCCUCUGUGGUUUUUGGGUUUUUUUGGCGAGUCUCUCUCUCGUGUACAGAACCAGUCAGAGCGGGAGUUUCCCAUCGAGUUUAAAUACCUGUUGCUUUGUGUCCAGAUGUGUUUCCACUCUGGAGCAUCUGUCCACAUCUGUCUGGGAAAGAGAUCAGAGCUGCUUUUUACUUCUUUCGUUGUCCUCUGAUUGGUGGACAGCAGCCUUCUUCUUCUUCUACUGUGAUGCUUGAUUUUAUGAAUGAAGCCGAAGCCCCUCUCCCUCCCCAACUGUACAAAUAUACACAAAUAUACACAACUGAAGGUUUUUUUUUGGAGAAACAUCAACACGCAUUAACCUGCACGCUGCAUCGGCCGGGAGGGGUUGGUUUUUCUUUUUCUUUCUUUCUUUCUUUUUUUUUUUUUUUUUAAAUUUUACUCAGAAAUAAAGAUUUAAAAAAGUUUCUAGGGACCAAAAAAAGUCCAAAAAAUCAACAAGAAUUCACUAAAGAAAAAUGUUUUAUUGUGAGCGCCGCCUUAAAGUCCCCCCCCCCUCCCCGCCAAAAUAAAAUCACACAAGCAUUAAAUUGAAGGAGUAAUACUCAAAGGAGAAGCGUGUCGUCGCCCUCUAGUGGACAAAAUAGGUAAAUUCACAAAACUAAUUAAUUAAAUGCUCGUAAAAAUAAAGCGUUUUAAUGGUUAUACUGAUCGGCCUGAUGGGGGCGCUGUGAUCAGGCUGAACAGAUGUAACCCCACCCCCCCCCUGCUGGCUGUAUCGUGCUCUGACCAUUUUUCUUUCUUUUCUUUUUUUUUUCCUUCCUGUAAUGUUUUGUUGAUUUUUGAUCCGUCUGCUAAAAGUAACAAAUGUGCUUCUUUCUGAUUUGUUGACUAUUUAUAUUCUAAAUGAUGACGUAAUGAUUUUCUUCGAGCUGUACCUCUCAUUGUACAACCAUGGGGAUUCAGUAAUUUGUAAAUAAAGUAUAUAUACUGUAUAUACUCUAAAGG